AUGGACAGUGACAUCACGAUACAGGAAUUGGAGGCUGCCAUCCACCUGUCCACGAAGCGGUCAGCUCCAGGGCCCGAUGGGGUCUCAUACAAAGCUAUAGUCUCCUUGGGACCGACGUCGCGCACUUUACUUUUGAAUUUGAUCAACGACUCUUGGAGACGCGGCUUUGUCCCUCCGUCAUGGAAGACGUCGCAAGUUGUGCCAGUCCUGAAGCCUGGAAAAUCACCUAGAGAGUUGACGUCAUUUCGGCCCAUCAGUCUUACAAGCUGCGUGUGUAAGAUCAUGGAAAGGAUUAUCCUACGCCGAAUAGAGUGGUUCUUAGAGUUCCGGCGUCUGCUACCUACCGAAAUGGCAGGUUUCAGAAAGGCUCGGACCUCGAUAGACUGCAUCAUAAACUUGGUCACUCACAUUGAAGAAGCUAGAUUUCGGGGAACCAAGGCAGUGAUGAAUCUCGUUGUUCUCUUUAUAGCCUUCACAGUGCUGAGAAGUGUGAGCUGCGACCGUGGUGGGUUCCCAGAGUCGUCCGAACUAGGAAAGGAAACUAAUCACAGUGCGUCUGAUGCAAAAGACACCCUGGACCAGGAUGGCCACCAAUCUACUGCUAGCUGUUUGAACGGAAGCAUACACUAUUUUGCUGAGCCAGAUUCAGACUGUCGCAAGUACAGUUUGUGUGUCCCAAAUGUGAAUGGUACCGUGCAGACAUACACCUUUCUCUGCCCAAUGCCCACAGUUUUUGACGAUCAGCUCAAUCUUUGUGUUUUGCCUAGCCAGUCCUUCGUGUGUGAACGAUCCCUGCAAUUCGCCAGUGCUAACCAAAGCUUCACAAUUGAAUCGUCACUGGAAUCCAUGACAGCUGUGCCAACAUUAGCAACAACUCAGCUCCACGACGCUGGUAACGAUUCGGAAUCAGACAUCAAAGCGCGUAGUGGCCAUGAAUCACAGCUGCUCCCGAGUGAGGAUGGACAAGUGCUUAGCAGGUUAACAUCGCUCUGUGAUGGCAAAAAUGUGACAUACAUUCCUGACACUUUCUCAAGCUGUAAACAGUACUAUAUGUGCGUGCGCGUAACAGAGGAAAAGAGGCGGGUCCACGUGUUCUCAUGCCCCAAUGACAAGAGAUUUGAUGUGAACCACUUUAAAUGUGUCAAGCCAGAGCAUGCACCUGCAUGUGGCAACUCCACUGCAGUUUCCUCCACCAAGUACCAUGAGCUUCCAUCGCAUUCAAAGUUUUACCAGGAUGUCAGUCGUAUCUUCCUGAACCACGUCAACAUGGUUUCUGAAUGGGCCGACCAACCUCCACGACCUGCACCGUCGUCCUAUGGUUUGCCAGUUCUUAGGAUUUUGAGAAAAUAUGUGGACAACCCAAACAACUCGUCAAAGAAUGUCACUUUUCUUAAGUAUGCAACAGGCCUCUAUACUCGUUAUGGAAACUUGCUUGAGACAUCCCUCAUCAACAAUGGACAACAAGUUAUAAGCAGUACCGUAAAAGGCAUCAGCAAGGGCUGGGGACACCUGAACACACUGUCCAAGACCAUAUCACAGGCUGCACCAGUAGCAUCUUUGACCCUGGUACUGAGCAAGGUGUCACAUGCCGCCUUACCUGGACAAGCCCAAACAGAACACCAUCACAAAAAGCAUUGGAAAAUCCAGGGCAAAAAUUCAACUUUUGUAGGAGAAAAACAGCCUAACCCUGCCCUCACAGGUAUGCAGCUGCAACCAACUGCAUCUGGAAAACAGCCUCAACUUCACCACAAAGCUCUCACAGGUACUCACAAGCCCAGUUUAGUCCACAGCCCAGCACUCAGUUCACACAUGAAGACACAGUUGAGCUCCAAAGUGCAGGUCACAGAGCACAGUACACAGCCCAAAGCAGUGCUGCCAGCAAAGACCGGAGUGAAACAAGCUCAUUAUCCACAGAAUGGCCACCAGGAAACUGUUGUCAAGCAGUCGUUUUCCUUGGGUGCGCAUCAGUCAGAUUACAACACAUUCUACAGCUACCUUUUCAAACAGCUAGGUUUUAAUGCAAUGCCGUCUGCACCAGUGCAUGGCUACACUACAUAUCCUAACAUUGAUGUCCAAUACUGGAAAGUGGGUCCAGAGUUUCCUCCUUAUGUUCAGGGUUAUUACAUGAAUGGUCAUUGAGCAGCCUAAAUAUUGUGCAACUCUAUUUUACAGAUAGUACAGUUAAACAGGAUGAUAUUGUCAACAGAGUAGCAUUUGUACCAUUUUGGCAAACAGGUUUCAAUAAAUGACAUUCUCCGAGGUAACAUG